UAAAAAAUAUUUUCAAAACAAAUUAAAAUUCUUAAAAAAAGAUCAAAAAAUCUAUCAAAAAUUAUAAUUUCUGAUUAAUACACAUAGAAAACCAAUAUGAUUUCAAACAAAGAUAUGAAAGCUGACUUGAAAAAAAUCUAGCAAUCGCUUGAAGAAAUUGAAAGAAAAAUGGACUUACUUAAAGAUAAGAAAAGAGUACUUCUAAAAACUAAAUAAAAAAUUGUAGAUAUUUAUCGCUAAGAAUUUAAAUCUGGCUAAGCUAAAUAAGAAAAAGUUAUCUAAAAACCAUCUCACAAGGAUGAUCAAGGGUAAUCAGCUGAUGAUAAUCCUGAUAAAUAUAUUUUUAAAUCUGGCAGAAGACUUUACACAGAUGCAUACAAAAAUUAUAUCGUGAAACUUUGCGAAAUUUAUAAUCUGAAAUCUAUUGAAAAAUAUGCUAACGUUCUUUAUACUAACAUUAUUAGAUGGAGGAUAGAAAUGCAAAGAGGCCAAAUUCCAAUUGAUGAUAGCUAUAAACCUAAUGAAGCAGAAAUUCAAUAGCUAAAAUAAAUGGAAAAGUAUGCUGACAAACAUGAUUAUGACUAUGAAAUGAAAAAAUAAAUGAAAUAAUAUGAGUAAUAGAAGAUGGAUUAGGAAUUAGAUGAUAACAAAAUGUCUUCUACUAACUCAAAUGAUAUGCAAGAAGAAUAUUAAGUUAAAAACUAGCAGAAUAUAUAUAAUAAAAUGUAUAGUGAAGACACUUUUAACUAAAAACUAAGAAAUAGUGUAAAAUAAUAUUAAGAAGAUACCUUCGCCUCUUCAAACGAGUGCUCACCAGAUGGAAACAAGCAAAACAAUCAAGAAUAACCUUAUUUACCUAAUGGUUUUAACCUUGAUAAAGUACUUGAAGUAAAUCCAAAUUUCAACUCGCCUUGGUACACUAAGUUUGAAUCACAGCUAGUAAAAUCUAUAUUUAAUUCUCAAGAGCCUGUUAAUCAAAGAUCAAUAAUGGCUGCUGCCAAGCACCUCAGAAAGAGCCUAGAUAUUCCAGAAUAGGAUCUGAAAUUCACUAAAGAAUGGUAUUAUGAUCUGCUUGCUCGUAGAAAUAUUCAAAGUUCUUAAUGA